CCCACAACAGUUUUUUUUCUGAAGAAACGAAACUAAUCUCUCUUUCUCUCGCUCCCUCUCUCUCUCCAUUUGUGUUUUUCUGUGAGAGAGCGACCGUCACUACCACUCCAGCAUGGCCCAGCAGGGAGUUGUGCUGGACCAGGACCAGUUCUGCUGUUCCAUCUGUCUGGACCUCUUAAAGGAUCCUGUCACCCUCGCCUGUGGUCACAGCUACUGUAGCAGCUGUAUCGAGGGCUGCUGGGACCAGGAUGAGCAGAAGGGAGUUUACAACUGCCCUCAGUGCAGACAGAGCUUCACUCUGAGGCCUGCUCUGAAGAGGAACUACAUGCUGGCUGAGGUGGUGGAGAAGCUGAAGGAGACAGGAGGAGCCCAGGCCGCCCCCUCUGAGCUGACCAGUCCAGCUGGGCCAGGAGAGGUGACCUGUGACCUCUGCACUGGGCCCAGGAAGCAGAGAGCCCUCAAGUCCUGUCUGGUGUGUAUGGUGUCCUACUGCCAGACUCACCUCCAGCCCCACUACCAGGUUCCUGUCCUGAAGAAACACAAGCUGGUGGAAGCCACGUCUGGACUGCAGGAGAUGAUCUGCUCCAGUCAUGACAAGCUGCUGGAGGUCUUCUGUCGGACAGACCAGCAGUGUAUCUGCAUGCUGUGUACCAUGGAAGAACAUAAAGGACAUGACACAUUGUCAGUCAAAGCUGAGAGAGAUGAGAAACAGGACAAGCUGGUCCUGAUUCAGCAGGAAGUCCAGCAGAGAGUCCAGCAGAGACAGAAGGAGCUGAAGGAGCUCCAACAGGCUGUGGAGUCUCUCAAGCUCUCUGGCCAGGCAGCAGAGCAGGACAUUGAGAGGAUCUUCACUGAGCUGAUCUGCUCCAUUGAGAGAAGGCGCUCUGAGGUGAAGGAUCUGAUCAGAGCCCAGCAGGGGGCAGCUGUGAGUCAGGCUGAAGGACUGCUGGAGAGACUGGAGCAGGAGAUAGCUGAGCUGAGGAGGAGAGACGCUGAGCUGGAGAAGCUCUCACACACAGAGGACAACAUCCACUUCCUCCAGAAGUACCAGUCUCUCUCCAGUACCAGUGUAUCUUCAGAUGUCCCCAGCAUCUCUGUUCCUCCUCUUCAGUACUUCAAACAUGUGACUGAGGUGGUCUCUGAGCUGAGAGACAAACUAGAGGAGCUGAUCCAGAGAGAGUGGUCUGAGAUCUCCACCACAGUCUCCACAGUGGAUGUGUUACUGCCUCCAGAGCCCAGGACCAGAGCAGACCUCUUAAAGGUCUCCACAGUGGAUGUGUUACUGCCUCCAGAGCCCAAGACCAAAGCAGAGCUUUUAAAAGUCUCCAGAGUGGAUGUGUUCCUGCAUCCAGAGCCCAAGACCAGAGCAGACCUUUUACGAUAUUCCUGUCAGCUCACACUGGACUCAGACACAGCACAUACACAACUCUCUCUGUCUGAGGAGAACAGGAAGGUGACAUAUACAAACAAGCCGCAGUUUGACUUCUUUGAAUGUUCAGAGAGGUUCACCACAUACAGUCAGGUGCUGUGUAGAGAGGCUCUGUCUGGAUGCUGUUACUGGGAGGUGGACAUUAAAGGUCGCAGUGCUGACAUUGUAGUCUCAUAUGAAAACAUAAGCAGAAAAGGCAAGAAAUCUUGCUUUGGUUACAACAACAAGUCCUGGAGUUUAGAGUGCUCUAGUGAUGGUUACACAUUCACUCAUAAAAGUCUUGAGACUGCAGUAUCAGGCCCUCGGUCCUCCAGAGUAGGAGUGUACCUGGAUUACAAGGCAGGUACUCUGUCCUUCUACAGUGUCGUCUCUGACACAGUGACCCUCCUCCACAGAGUCCAGACCACCUUCACCCAGCCACUCUGUCCUGGGAUUUAUCUUGAUAACAGUAAUACCAGUGCAGAGAUUAUGGAGCUAUAUUAGAAUGAUACUUACAUACCAUCAUACAAAACCCUGUUAUUUUUUUAGUUGGUUUAUAAUCUGUGUUUGUGUUCUAUAAUUGCUCUUUCAACCUGUUUAUUUUACAAAAUAAUUUAGUCUUGGCUCUACUGGACAAUAGAAAUCACUGUCUACAUUUUGUUCUGUUAUUCAGUAAAUAGAGUUUUAACUAAUAUGUUCCAAUGUUUGGGUACAUUGGCCACUUACUAUUGAGAUGGAGUGUUUAUGAGUACUGUUGUUUAAGUGAUCAAUUCAUAGUUGUCUCUCUGCUACUUUGAACUCCUGCUGGUGGUUGUAAUGGACCUGAACAGCUGAAUAAAGACAUGUGAAGCUGAAAAA